AUGACGAAGUUAGGCGAAGUUAGACAGGUUAAGGGUGAAGGGGACCGAGGUGCGACGAAGGUAGGCGGGGUUAGGUUGACUAGGGAUGAAGGGAUCAGAAAUACAGCGAAGUUAGGCGAGCUACCACCGAGCAGUUCGACGCACUUAGCCAAAGUUAGCCGCAGUUCAUUGACGAUCACCUUAUCAUUCACCACUCGACGUAUUACUACGGCGAAGUCAGCCGUAGUUCCCCGAAGAGUACCCUGUCCUAGUGAGACAUCGACGCCCCACUACGACGAAUUUAGCCGAGGUUUGUCGACCGUCGGUACGAUCUUUGUCGGGGACGAAGUUUGCAAGGUACCAAGCUCGGGGACUCGGGUUGGACAAAGUUCUGCAUUGGCGAAGUUAGGGAAGAACGAAGUACUUGAGGACCGAAGUUCCCAGGGAUCUUUGACCAUCUCUGGUUGUUGUCUUAGUGAUAGAAGCCUUUUCGUCGCAGUUUCCACCUCGGCUAAGUGGUUAAACUGGCUAGUCAUUGAUGGUGGAAUGGGAACUAUCAGUGUAAUGUGGUCAUGGGGUCAAUUCCCAUGCCGACCAAGGGGUUUUCUCCGGGCACUCCGGUUCCCCUUGUACAUGAGUCUGUGCAAGCCAUUCAUGCUAUAG